AUAUGGCCGCUCGCUGGGGGUGGGGAGUGAGGACGGCUGUCAAAGAUCUGAGAACGGGUGUCUUGAUGCGCGAAUAAUUAUCGGGAUCUCUCUUUUUUUCCGUUUCGGAAGAGACGUGUCGUCCCGCGUGAGAUAAAACGGAAUAAUGUUGACGGCGGCCGCGAACAUGUCCAACAAUGGUGGCUCCUACAGCGUCGAGAGGCCACCCACUCCAGACGGAUCUGUGGAUCUCUUGGAGACAAUGGAGCUCCCUUCCUUUCUCAGUGGAUUAUUCAACUCCGAUUACAAGAAGCAUGACGAUCUUAAGGAGAUGCUGGACAGUAACAAGGAUGGACUCAAGUUGGAAGCCAUGAAACGUAUAAUUGGGAUGGUGGCCAAAGGAAAAGAUGCAUCGGAUAUGUUUCCAGCUGUUGUAAAAAAUGUAGUGUCUAAGAAUAUCGAGGUAAAGAAGUUGGUGUACGUUUACCUAGUUCGUUAUGCGGAGGAUCAGCAAGAUCUGGCACUUCUUUCCAUAUCAACGUUUCAAAGGGCUUUGAAAGAUCCCAAUCAGUUGAUAAGAGCAAGCGCUCUAAGGGUAUUAUCCAGUAUACGGGUUUCCAUGAUAGUACCCAUCGUGAUGUUGGCCAUCAAAGAUUCGGCUAGUGAUAUGUCGCCGUACGUCCGAAAAACUGCUGCUCACGCCAUCCCUAAAUUAUACUCGCUGGACCACGAGCAAAAGGAAGAAUUGAUAAACGUACUCGAAAAAUUGCUGUCCGACAAAACCACCCUUGUGGUAGGCUCGGCAGUAAUGGCUUUCGAAGAAGUGUGUCCAGAGAGGAUAGAUCUCAUCCAUAAGAAUUACAGAAAAUUGUGUAAUUUGUUGGUGGAUGUUGAAGAAUGGGGCCAAGUAGUUAUCGUUAACACGCUCACCAGAUACGCUAGAACACAAUUUGUUAAUCCAAAUACAGACAAUUUAGAAGAAGACGAAAAUCGGCCAUUUUACGACUCCGAUUCUGAUUCUUCCAAUACAAAGAAACCAAAGUUUAUGUUAGAUCCCGAUCAUCGUUUGCUGUUAAGGAACACGAAACCUUUGUUACAAAGUCGAAACGCAUCCGUAGUAAUGGCGGUCGCUCAGUUAUAUCAUCAUGCAGCCCCCAGAAGCGAAGUUAUGACCGCUGCAAAGGCAUUAAUAAGAUUAUUGAGAGGCCAUAGAGAAGUGCAGAGUAUUGUGCUUCAUUCUAUCGCUAGUAUAUCAAUUACGAGAAAAGGAAUGUUUGAGCCUUUCUUGAAAUCGUUCUUCGUGCGAACUUCCGAUCCUACUCACAUAAAACUUCUGAAACUCGACAUAUUGACAAAUUUGGUGACUGAAACUAGCAUCAGCGUAAUAUUGAGGGAAUUUCAAACGUACAUCUCCAGCAGUGACAAGGAAUUUGUCGGUGCCAGCAUUCAGGCGAUCGGCAGAUGUGCAAGUAACAUCAAGGAAGUGACCGACAUGUGUCUCAACGGGCUGGUAUCAUUGUUGAGCAAUAGAGAUGAGGCUAUUGUGGCGGAAAGUGUUGUGGUAAUAAAAAAGCUCCUGCAAACGCAGCCGAAUGAGCACAAAGACAUCAUCGCUCAUAUGGCUAAAUUAAUGGAUUUCAUAACGGUUCCACAAGCCAGAGCAUCUAUCCUGUGGCUCCUAGGUGAAUACUCCGACAGAGUCCCUAAGAUAGCGCCGGACGUGCUCCGAAAAAUGGCGAAAAGUUUCGUGAACGAACAGGAUAUAGUGAAGCUGCAAACUUUGAAUUUAGCUGUGAAAUUAUGUUUGAACAAUCCCUCGCAAACAAAGCCGUUUUGUCAAUAUGUCUUCCAACUUGCCAAAUACGAUCAGAAUUAUGACAUCAGAGACCGCGCGCGUUUUCUACGGCAUUUUAUCUUCGAGGAAGAGGGUGACGCGAAGAUGCUUCCACAGUUCGCAAAGAGAGUUUUCCUUGCACCGAAACCGGCACCGACUUUAACAUCUAGGUUCAAAGACUCGGAGUAUCAAUUGGGCACUCUAUCUCACUACCUGGACAUGCCGUGCGUGGGAUAUCGGCCUUUACCGCCUUUCCCGGAUGUUACGCAAGAUCCAUCCGUACGAGACGUCGCACCGUCUACCGCGCAAGAGCUUAAAGAAGAGCGACAUAAUAGGAAAGAAAAGGAGAAGAAGAAAAGCAAGGAAAAGGCGAAACCGUUCUACAGUGACGAGGAAAGCACUCCCGCUGAAGAAUCGGAUAAUCAGUCAUCUGAUUCUUCGUCCAGCGAAUCUUCAGACGAAGAUAGCGAUUCUUCAGAGUAUACAAGUGACUCAGAUAAAUCCGAAACGGGCAGUGGAAAGAAAAAUGAAACAAAAUCCGAUGAUUCCGAAAGCGAAUCGUCGAGCGGUGAAGAGUCAGAUUCGGGAGACGAAGAAGAAGAAAGCGAGACUCAAGAGAACGAAGAAGAAAAACCGAAAAUUGUUAAGCAAGAAGUGAAAGAAAAGCCAAAAAGCAACUUUGACCUGCUAUUGGAUCUGGAUGACGUUGUUCCAAUGACUCCUGUGAUGACGCCUAGUUUGGGUGGUUUUCUUACUCCAAUUAAUUCAACAAUCACAGAUAAUGUUCGAGAAGUAUCGACAUCGUAUGUUCCAUUAAAAAAGACUACUUUGUUAAAUAGUAUCAUAGGGCACGGUUUAAAAAUUGAAUAUAGAUUUACGAGAUCGCAGCAUUUAGUUAGUUCAAGUUUGGUUAGUAUCGAAUUAACGUUCUCUAAUGAAAGCAACGAUGUCGUUAAGGAGAUUCAAAUAGGAAACAAAAAUUUGCUAAAGGGUAUGUUUAUUCACGAUUUUUCGCCAAUAUCGUCGCUCGAUGCAAGUGCCACGUUAUCUUCGACGCUAGGCGUUAAUUUUAAUGACUCUACUCAACCGGCUAAUUUCAACAUCGACUUUGCGAUUAACGACGAAAAAUACUCAUGUCCGGUCAGUAUCAAAUCACCGAUCGGAGAGAUAAUAAGAUCUGUGACCUUGCCUGAAAGCAUGUUCAACGUGGAGAAAGCUAAAUUGAAAGGCAUGAACGAGCACAUAGCGAAAAUACCGUAUUCUGGGAACAAAAAUGCUCUUUUUCAAAAAGUGUUCGAGACUGCAAACGUCGCAAGAAUAUCUAACGAGGAUGAAGUUAUGCGGUUCGCCGCUCAUACUUUAGCGUCUAAAUCAUUGGUAUUGGUGACAAUAAAAUUCAUUGAUGCUGGGCAAUUGGAAGUUUGCGUGAACUGUGAAAAAAUGGUUAUAGGAUCAAUUUUAUUGAACGAAUUUAAGAGUAAUUUAAAAUAAAACGGAUACAUGCUAUUUACGAGAUUAAAUAAUAUAGAUGCGUUUCGUACACAUUUAUGAGGCAAUGAGUACUCCUUCCUUCGUUAAGCGAUGGUAAAUUUUUUCAAAUAAUAUAUUCCAUUUAAUUUUUAUAUACAUACAUACGUAUGUAUGUAUAUAUGUACGUAUAUUAUAUAUGCAUUUCUCUAGAUAUACGUAUAUGUAUAAACAUGCAUAUACAAGUAUAAUGUACAAUACAUAAAUACCCUGUUACGCCAUUGUGGUGGCUUUUAUAAUAAAUUCUAAUUGCUUUUUGUCAUAA